AUGGAGCGAUUAUUCCUCCUUGUAGAACAUUCCUUCAUAGAAAACUCCUUCAGUGAGCACUCCCCUAGAGAACACUCAUUCAGUAAGCACUCUUUCAGUGAACACUCCUUCAACUUCUUCGGUGAGCAUUCCUUCAGUGAACACUCCUUCAGUGAGCACUCCUUCAGUGAGCACUCCUUCAGUGAUGACUCCUUAAGUGAGCACUCCUUCAACUCCUUCGGUGAGCACUCCUUUAGUGAGCACUCCUUCAGUGAUGACUCCUUAAGUGAACACUCCUUCAGUGAGCACUCCUUAAGUGAGCACUCCUUCAACUCCUUCGGUGAGGACUCCUUCAGUGAGCACUCCUUCAGUGAGUACUCCUUCAGUGAACACUCCUUCAACUCCUUCAGUGAGCACUCCUUCAGUGAACACUCCUUCAGUGAGUACUCCUUCAGUGAGUACUCCUUCAGUGAACACUCCUUCAACUCCUUCAGUGAGCACUCCUUCAGUGAACACUCCUUCAGUGAGGACUUCUUCAGUGAGGACUCCUUCAGUGAGGACUCCUUCAGUGAGCACUCCUUCAGUGAGGACUUCUUCAGUGAGGACUCCUUCAGUGAGGACUCCUUCAGUGAACACUCCUUCAGUGAGGACUUCUUCAGUGAGGACUCCUUCAGUGAGGACUCCUUCAGUGAGCACUCCUUCAGUGAGCACUCCUUCAGUGAGUACUCCUUCAGUGAGUACUCCUUCAGUGAGCACUCCUUCAACUCCUUCAGUGAGUACUCCUUCAGUGAGGACUCCUUCAGUGAGGACUCCUUCAGUGAGCACUCCUUCAGUGAUGACUCCUUCAGUGAGCACUCCUUCAGUGAGUACUCCUUCAGUGAGCACUCCUUCAACUCCUUCGGUGAUGACUCCUUCAGUGAGCACUCCUUCAGUGAGGACUCCUUUGAGCACUCCUUCAGUGAGCACUCCUUCAGUGAGCACUCCUUCAGUGAGGACUCCUUCAGUGAGGACUUCUUCAGUGAGGACUCCUUCAGUGAUGACUCCUUCAGUGAGCACUCCUUCAGUGAGCACUCCUUCAGUGAGCACUCCUUCAGUGAGUACUCCUUCAGUGAGGACUCCUUCAGUGAGGACUCCUUCAGUGAGCACUCCUUCAGUGAGCACUCCUUUAGUGAGGACUCCUUCAGUGAGUACUCCUUCAGUGAACACUCCUUCAACUCCUUCAGUGAGCACUCCUUCAGUGAGGACUCCUUCAGUGAGGACUCCUUCAGUGAGGACUCCUUCAGUGAGGACUCCUUCAGUGAGGACUCCUUCAGUGAUGACUCCUUCAGUGAGCACUCCUUCGGUGAGCACUCCUUCAGUGAGCACUCCUUCGGUGAACACUCCUUCAACUCCUUCAGUGAGCACUCCUUCGGUGAACACUCCUUCAACUCCUUCAGUGAGGACUCCUUCAGUGAGGACUCCUUCGGUGAACACUCCUUCAACUCCUUCAGUGAGGACUCCUUCAGUGAGUACUCCUUCAGUGAACACUCCUUCAACUCCUUCAGUGAGCACUCCUUCAGUGAACACUCCUUCAGUGAACACUCCUUCAGUGAGGACUCCUUCAGUGAGCACUCCUUCGGUGAGCACUCCUUCAGUGAGGUCUCCUUUAGUGAUGACUCCUUCAGUGAGGACUCCUUUAGUGAUGACUCCUUCAGUGAGGACUCCUUUAGUGAUGACUCCUUCAGUGAGGACUCCUUCAGUGAUGACUCCUUCAGUGAGCACUCCUUUAGUGAUGACUCCUUCAGUGAGGACUCCUUCAGUGAGGACUCCUUUAGUGAUGACUCCUUCAGUGAGGACUCCUUCAGUGAUGACUCCUUCAGUGAGCACUCCUUCGGUGAGCACUCCUUCAGUGAGGACUCCUUCAGUGAGCACUCCUUCAGUGAGGACUCCUUCAGUGAGGACUCCUUCAGUGAGGACUCCUUCAGUGAGCACUCCUUCAGUGAGCACUCCUUCAGUGAGCACUCCUUUAGUGAGGACUCCUUCAGUGAGUACUCCUUCAGUGAUGACUCCUUCAGUGAGGACUCCUUCAGUGAGGACUCCUUCAGUGAGGACUCCUUCAGUGAGGACUCCUUCAGUGAUGACUCCUUCAGUGAGGACUCCUUCAGUGAGGACUCCUUCAGUGAGGACUCCUUCAGUGAUGACUCAUUCAGUGAGCACUCCUUCGGUGAGCACUCCUUCAGUGAUGACUCCUUCAGUGAGCACUCCUUCAACUCCUUCAGUGAGGACUCCUUCAGUGAGGACUCCUUCAGUGAGGACUUCUUCAGUGAGGACUCCUUCAGUGAUGACUCCUUCGGUGAGCACUCCUUCAGUGAGUACUCCUUCAACUCCUUCAGUGAGCACUCCUUCAACUCCUUCAGUGAGCACUCCUUUAGUGAACACUCCUUCAGUGAACACUCCUUCAGUGAGUACUCCUUCAGUGAACACUCCUUCAACUCCUUCAGUGAGCACUCCUUCAGUGAACACUCCUUCAGUGAGCACUCCUUCAGUGAGGACUCCUUUAGUGAUGACUCCUUCAGUGAGGACUCCUUCAGUGAUGACUCCUUCAGUGAGGACUCCUUCAGUGAGGACUCCUUCAGUGAGGACUCCUUCAGUGAGGACUCCUUCAGUGAGGACUCCUUCAGUGAUGACUCCUUCAGUGAGCACUCCUUCAGUGAGGACUCCUUCAGUGAGCACUCCUUCAGUGAGGACUCCUUCAGUGAGGACUCCUUCGGUGAACACUCCUUCAACUCCUUCAGUGAGCACUCCUUCGGUGAACACUCCUUCAACUCCUUCAGUGAGGACUCCUUCAGUGAUGACUCCUUUAGUGAGGACUCCUUCAGUGAGUACUCCUUCAGUGAACACUCCUUCAACUCCUUCAGUGAGCACUCCUUCGGUGAGCACUCCUUCAGUGAGGACUCCUUCAGUGAGGACUCCUUCAGUGAGGACUCCUUCAGUGAGGACUCCUUCAGUGAUGACUCCUUCAGUGAGCACUCCUUCAGUGAGGACUCCUUCAGUGAGGACUCCUUCAGUGAGCACUCCUUCAGUGAGGACUCCUUCGGUGAACACUCCUUCAGUGAGGACUCCUUCAGUGAGGACUCCUUCGGUGAACACUCCUUCAGUGAGGACUCCUUCAGUGAGGACUCCUUCGGUGAACACUCCUUCAACUCCUUCAGUGAGCACUCCUUCGGUGAACACUCCUUCAACUCCUUCAGUGAGCACUCCUUCAGUGAGGACUCCUUCAGUGAACACUCCUUCGGUGAACACUCCUUCAACUCCUUCAGUGAGCACUCCUUCAGUGAGCACUCCUUCAGUGAGCACCCCUUCAGUGAGUACUCCUUCAGUGAGGACUCCUUCGGUGAGCACUCCUUCGGUGAGCACUCCUUCAGUGAGCACUCCUUCAGUGAGCACCCCUUCAGUUCCAUCAGCUACGGCAAAAGUGUGAUAUUUCAGCUGUUACCGUGGUUUUGUCAGCUGAAAAUGGAGAAACGGAAACCAAUGAGCGUGAUAGUCGUGUCCCCGCUGAAUUCCCUAAUCCAGGACCAAGUCAUUACAAUGAGGAAGAAGGGAUUUACUGCUUGCAGUUUGAACUUCACUGGUACUCAUGGCUCAACUUAUACAGAUGCGGAUUGCGAGAACGAUGAGGAACAGGAUCAUGAAUAUGUUGAAAUUGAUGUUCCAUUUGAGCAACUGGAGAGAGGAGACUUUUGCAUAAUUUAUUGUCAUCCAGAGUCGACUUCUUAG